AUGAAUUCCCUGCUGGUGAGUGUGGUCACUGAUUUGAGUCUAGGAGGAUCUAACUGGCUGCUUCUCCAACCUUCUGCUUAGAGCCAAUGAGGCGCCACCAUUCUGUUUCCAUGGUGACAGAAGAAACAAACCCUCCCUCCAUCUCCCCAGAGCCAACCUCCCAAGUCAGGCGCAGUCAGGGACUCUGGGCAGAGGGUGACUUUCUCAAGUGUGACUUUCACGGAAAUACUGGGACAAGUGAGCAGUCUUCUCAGGGAAGCUCCUGCCCGCUGCCCGCUUCUGAAAGCCGUUGGCUGGGUCUGCAGGUUUCCAGCAGGUCCUGUGGAUUUCCGCCUGGGCAGCUCAGCCGCUUGGGGAUAAGCACAGAAGCCAUGAGUCUGAAACAUCUUGAUCCAGUGUAAAAUGACCCCGAUUUGGGGCUGAUGGGGUCUGGUUUCCCUGCAACAUUAUGGUUUCUUUAAGACUCUCACCUUGGGAAGGAACCACAGGGGUAUGAAUCUUUGAAAGAAUUAAGCCAGAGUCCCUUACUGAGCAACCAAGACUACAUCUGACCCCGACCAUGUAUCAUCCCAACCCUCUCAUCUACUGCACCUGCUGGGACCCCUGGAACUUGGGACCACGGAAGCUAAUCAAGACCCCUCAUCCACUUCCAAAGACCUCUUCAGGGAAGCUUAAGCAACCUCUUCCUACACCAGUUUCAAGAGAACACAACUACCUCCAGUCUCAACCGAUAAAACCUGUUGUUUCUCCAAAAGACAAAGCCCAGACAGGAAAGCCGGGGGAGAUCAGCAAACUUCCUCCUACCCAGGAAGUGAUUGACGUGUCACCUGGCUAUAAACUUGUUCGAAAUCGAGAGCAGAUUUCGGUCACCUUGGGAGAUGAGAUGUUCAGUAGGAAAAAACACUCAGAAUCGGACAUCUUGAGCAAAGUCAAGUUUUCCAGGACGGAUAUCAUUUCGGACCUGGAGGAGCAGAUCUCCGAGUUGACGGCGGUCAUAGAACAAAUGAACAGAGACCACCAGUCUGCCCAGAAGCUACUCUCCCAAGAGAUGGAUGUCCGCUGCAGUGAAAUGAAACAGAAGUUUGAAAGUGAGAGCAGCGAUCUCAAAAAGGCUCACAGGGUGGAGCUUGAGAAGUUAGAGAGCAGCUACAAAGACGCGCUGAAGGUGGAGAAGGCACAAGCCCAAGAGAAACUAGAGGAGAUGGGCAAAGAAUAUAAGUAUCUGAAGAAUAUGUUUCACAUGUAUCAGGACAGCAUUUACGAUGAAAUGGAAGAUAAGUGGUCAAAGCGGAAGGCGGAAUGGGAGAAGGAUGAGAAGCUGGAGCGGGAAAAGAUCCUGUUACAACAGAAACAUAAGAUGACCAAGAAGUUUGAGUUAGAGUCGGAAGAAGAAAAGAAGAAAAUGAAUGACUCCUUCAGCGCCCUCUUUGAGAACUUCACUCGCGAGAAAGAGGAUCUCAUGAAACAACUCGAUGACGCUAACUUGCAAAUACAGGAGUUGAGAAAAUCCAAGGAGAUCCUGGAGGCUGAGUUGCGGGCGCAAACUAUCGUCCUGGAGACACUUAACACGAACCUUUACCACUGCCAGCUGGACCUCCAGAGAGAGAAAGCUAUGGUGGGAAAUAUGGAGAAGCUGCUGCAGACAAAGCUGGUUGAAGCUGAAGAAAAGUAUAAGUACACCAUACAGCUCCUGACCGAAGAAAACACCAUCCUCAGGCAGAAGAUCAAGAACGAGGACAUUUCUGAAGAAAUAUCUGAGAAGUCAGUCUCUGCUACUCCUAGUGUAUGAGUCUGACUUCCCUGAACCCAGCACCAACAGGAAGUGAGCGUCGUAGAUGAGGAACUGUGCUCCUCAGCUGGAGCAGCCGCCUUGCCGCCCACCCUGUGGAGCUGUGGACUCCAGCAAGGUUUUCUGGAGAGAUGCAGAUGGGUUGUUAUGGCUUUAUUUUUUUGUCUUUUUGUUUGUUUGUUUUUGUUUUUACAAUUUGCAUUCUUCAGAAUGAUUAGAAAUGUUUGAAUUCUUAUCUCAAUUAUAUCGUGACUCUUCUAUGAAAACGGAUGUCCUCUGUCCUGGAUUUGGACCUUCUAUGGGUUGUACACUAUUUUCUUUUCUGCUUUUUAUGUAUUUUGGAGACUGGUUUGAAGAGACUUCUUAUUAAAUGAUGCAUUUUUGAGGUGUGACUCUUGUCCCCCGAGGGAAAAUAGCAAGCAAGACAAUUCGUUGCUUUCACUCCAAAAAAAUUUCUUCUCUGAGAUAUCACAUUCCUUAGGCCAGUGACUUGGGAAGAGUAAGUGAUGAUUUACCCUGUCUCUGACCAUCACAAGAAUCCAAACGUCCGCAGGGCAGGCAACAUGUACAUGGACGUGGGGUGGACACAAGGGAGCCCAUCACACAGGUAGCAUGCGGAAGCCUCGGUGGAGACUGGAGCAAACCGAGGUGAGCCACACCAUCCAUAUCUGAUCAUGGCACUUCUUAGACUUAUUGGAUCGCCUGCCGUUUGGGUGCACAGGGUCGCCAUGAUCUAAAACACAAACCCUGGCUUUUAUGUGGAGGUGCUCCUUUUAAUUACCGACAAUGAAUGUUAAACAGUGGUUGAAGCCAAUCCUAGGAGCCGAAUGCUCCCCCCUUUCGAACAUGCCAUUUGUCAAGCAAACAAAAGACAGAAACAAAGCACAGGCACACAGAAGCCUCCUCUAGAAACAGUAAGGUCAAUUUACAGUUUGUUCUACCAUUUAAAAGCAGCUUUUCUUUCUCAGACUUUAUUUAGGAGGGAACAGAAAAAUACAUAAUUCUAUCAGCACAAAUUCAAUAAAAUAUGUAGUAAAGAACAAAUCGUAGGACAAACAACUCAGUUUCUUUUUAAAAGGGAUGUGAAAAAUACAGAAAAAUUUAUACAUUAGUAUGGAAUUUGAAAUACAAACGAACUUCAAGAUACAGAUCAAACAAACUGCCAAAGUGCAAGAAGAUUGGGAGAUCUUGAAUACUGUUAUUUGAUGUCUAUAAAGGCUUUAGCUAUCUAAAAAGUGCCUCGUCUUUAGAGACACUUGGGUCUGUCUCUAAAAUAUCCAGAUGUAAAGAUAUUCCACUCUACUAGGACUCCAGCCAACCCACCUGAGGUAGGCAGGCAGGGAAACAGUUGAUGAGGACAGGUCACGGACAGCUACUGAAGUGGGGUGGGGGGACAUGGCUUUGUCCUGCUACUGCUUUCUUACUUUUUGUAAAUUUGUGAGAAUUUCAUGUUAAGAUUUCUUUUACUUUUUUUUUCUUAAAAAAAAAAAA